CCCUUACUUACUCUCUCUCUCUCUCUCUCUCUCUCUCUCUCUCUCUCACUCUCACACACAUAUAUACGACUGGUCCACCCGAAAAGAAGAUGAGAUAACAUAAUAACAGGUUUUCAGAGAACAUCCUAAUCGGUUUUAUUCCAGGCUUUCGGAAAGUACUUUUUUUUUAACCAAAGGAUUCGCUCGGAUGUGUUUGCGGUGUUCGAGGAUUAUCUCUCUCGUGGGUAGAGACAAAAUUACGAGGAUGCACAGGGGUGACCCUCACGAACCCUCCAUCCCAUCCUCAGCACCGGCUAAUUAUCAGAGUGAUUGAUUGAUACGGGAUGGUACCAGGACUCUGCCUCCACCCAGCCCAAACUAUUUCCAGCGAGAGCUUUUACAGUCCGAAGUGACAGAAAUGUAAAUGCCUCUGCUCCAUCAUAUUUGGAUCACUGGCGAGAACUCUAUUACUACACUCAAGCCAGCGCUUACAGUAAAGUUUACAAACGGAGCGCAUUUUCUUCUGCCAUAUAAGGAUACAAGUGGUCAAGUUUUGGCAUCCACCUCUCGAUUCCCAUCUUCUAAAAACCACCGCAUCCCACGGCAGCCCCUGCAGUUGCAUGGCCAAAUGCCAUCAUGCCCAUCAUCAGCAAUACUAAUGACCUCAGCAAUUUCUCAGUCAGCACUGAUGACAGCAGCCUCGACCGGUUUUUCACAGAGAUUCCAGAGACAGAGACUAUCAAGGGGGUGUACUUUAAGAGAGCCUGGCUACUGCGUGACCCCUCUGCCCUCCAAGAGGUCAACCCUGACGAACUGGCGCUCAUCAAUGUAGGAGGCGACCGCUACGCCUUCCCCUGGAGUACACUGGACGAGUUCCCGCUCUCCCGCCUGGGUCAACUGCGGCACUGCAAAGGACCAGAGGAAAUCGCGAGGCUCUGCGACGACUACGACGAGGCGCGGCAGGAAUACUUCUUCGACCGCAGCUCUGCAACUUUCCGCGUCAUCCUCAACUUCCUAGCCGCAGGAAAGUUGCGGCUACUGCGGCAACUCUGCGCCGUGUCCCUCUCAGACGAACUGGACUACUGGGGAAUCGACAUGGUGCACAUGGAGCGCUGCUGCCGGCGCCGGAUGAUGAGCCGCCUGGAGGACGUGGCUGAGAGGAAGCGUAAAAACGAGGAGAGGAGGCGGAAGAGGAAGCCGCCGAGCAGGCCAGCACAAGAGAAGGGCUACCGUGCCCUCAUGAGUCGCCUCAGGGAGGUGGUGGAAAACCCACACUCGGGCUGGCUGGGAAAAACCUUCGCCUGCUUCUCGGUGAUCAUGAUCGCUGUGACUGUGAUCAGCCUGUGCAUCAGCACCAUGCCCAAUCUCAGGGAGGAAGAGAGCCGGGGCGAAUGCUCACAAAAGUGUCAGCACAUGUUCAUCGUGGAGACUGUGUGCGUGGCUUGGUUCUCGCUGGAGUUAACCCUGCGCUUCCUGCAGGCCCGCAGCAAGCUGGAGUUUGCACGCGGUCCACUGAACAUCAUUGACGCUGUAGCCAUUCUGCCCUACUACAUCUCCUUGGUGGUGGACGAGAAGAACGACAGUACGGGAGAACCGGGGACUGGCCGAGGGUACCUGGACAAGCUGGGCUUGAUCUUACGGGUGAUGCGAGCCCUGCGGAUCCUGUAUGUGAUGCGACUGGCCAGGCACUCCCUAGGGCUGCAGACAUUGGGGUUGACCAUGCAGAGAAGCACCCGGGAGUUCGGGCUGCUGCUGGUCUUCCUCUGCGUAGCCGUGGCUCUCUUCUCACCACUCAUCCACCUGGCGGAGAACGAGCUGUCCUCCGGCACCGCCGUGGGGCCACACAGUUUCAGCAGCAUCCCGGCCUCCUACUGGUGGGCCGUCAUCUCAAUGACCACGGUGGGAUACGGCGACAUGGUGCCGCGCAGCAUCCCGGGCCAGGUGGUGGCCUUCAGCAGCAUUCUGAGCGGCAUCCUCAUCAUGGCCUUCCCGGCCACCUCCAUCUUCCACAUGUUCUCCCGCUCCUACAACGAGCUCAAGCAGGAGCACGAGAUGAUCUACAAAGAAGAACGAGUGGCGCUCCUGGCCGACAGCGCCGCGGAGGAGGUCAGGAAAGAGGCAGAGAAAAACCCUUACUACUGGCCACAACUAGACACCAACAAACCCUACCAGAGCGAGAACGGAUCCAGGGCUAAUCGGCCCAUCUUCACAGCCACGGCGUGCUGAGACAGGCCACGGAAUGCUGACAAUAAAAGCUGAGGAAUUGCUGCAACAUUUGUGGUUUCUGUCCCUGGAGAUAAAGACCAGUCUUGUAACGCCCCACCACAGCGUGACUAAAGUUUACUUUCCACAUUCUCAUGUAUCUGUAUGGCUCGGUUCAACAGGCGGCUCAAAUCCAAUGUUCCUACAAUGUUUCUAAUUCAUCUAAUUAGCAGUUUUGGAAAGUAACAACGAACAUUAUUAGUUACUCUUCUUAAGUAGCUUUUCUUUAACUUUUACUCUACUGGUGUUUUUAAAUUUUCAGCAACUUAAUACAUUUUGAAGCAGCAGUCUUCAAGAUAUGUUCUUUACACUAUAUUCAGAACUUGCUUUGAUCUACAUUGCUAGACAUCCAGUAGCUACCCAGAGCAAAUAGUUAAAAACCAGUGCAAGAUCAUACAAUUUUGAGAGUGCCUAUGCUGCGUAAGUUAUGAAACAUAUGAAAUAUACAGCUCUGAAAAAAAUGUCAAAAAAAUUGAGAACACUUCAGUUCCUGAAUCAGUUUCUCUGAUUUUGCUAUUAUAGGUAUAUGUUGUGUGUUGAGUAAAAUUUACAUUGUUGUUUUAUUCUAUAAACUACAAACAUUUCUCCCAAAGUCCAAAUAAAAAUAGUAAUUUAAAGCAUUUAUACACAGAAAAUGAGAAAGGUUCAGAAAUCAAUAUUUAGUGGAAUAACCCUGGUUUUUAAUCACAGUGUUCAUAUAUCUUGGCAUGUUCUCCUCCACCAGUCUUAAACACUGCUUUUGGAUAACUUUAUGCCUGCACUCCUGGUGCAAAAAUUCAAGCAGUUCAGUUUGAUUUGAUGGCUUGUGAUCAUCCAUCUUCCUUCUGAUUAUAUUCCAGAGGUUUUCAAUUCGGUAAAAUCAAAGAAACUCACCAUUUUUAAGUGAUGUCUUAUUUUUUUUUCCAGAGCUGUUUAGGACUAGUUGCAAUAUAGUAAAGUAGAACUUAUUUGUGAAACCUUAUUUAUUAUAAGUUGUACAUUUAUUAGUCUGUAAUAAAGAAGUGAAUCAAUCUUAAAACAAAAUUGCUUUUGCUUGUUUUUGCAAAGGAAAAAAGUUAUUUAUACCCACUUGGUUAACACAUGUUGCGCUUAUGAUCAUUUUGAUAGACAUCAAUGUAAUCUGACUAUUAAUGACACUAUAUAAAAGGGAGAUAUAUUUGGUAUUUUACUUUAACUUUAACUAAGUACUUGGUUUUGGUACUUCAUCCACCACUGCUACUUGAGAAGAAAACGCAAGCAGGUCAUACGGGUUUGAUUGGAUCUUCAUCAUUUAUAUAGAAAACUAUGGUGUUAGAUCAUAUCAGACACUUCCAGUUUAGACAAAGAGCAAAACAUGUUCUCUGAAGGCCUGAGGCCAGUCUUGCAGUUAGUGAUCCCCAGUCUUUGCAAAAUCUUUAGUCUGUGACUAAAAUGUCUUUGACUUGUCUUUAGAUGUGAGAGGGUGUCAAAAUGUUGUCUUUUGUAAGUCCUUUCAGAGUCUUUUCAAACUUGUGUAGCGUAUGGAC